AUGGGUGGGAUAGAUGUCGCUUCAGUGGUAACUUCAAUCAUCUCCGCCUUCGGUAGUGGGCUGGAUAUAUUCCAGCGACUGAGUGGGAAAAAGCGCAAAAGUAAUGCAAGACUCCCUCGACCAGAAGAAGAGGAAGAAUGGCUGCGACACUCGUUGAAGAAACGACCUGUCGAAAUCAAACAUGAGUACGACCAGCAAGUGGCCAAGUUCGGCCGCAAAUUCGAGCUUGGGGAUGGACCAGCGCAGUCCAGCCUGGCUCACACCCUCCUGGUCUUGAACACCGGACUGAUCAACUUGAUCAACCACGCUUUGGCAGGUGACUCCAAAACAAUCUCCACAUCUCAGCGAGCCUUGUACAGCCUGUCUGAGACCGCAGCUGGCGACACCAUGGCGGCCCUUGCACAGCUAAGCUCACGCCUCAGCCUUGCUUCGCCGUCAAGCCUAGCACUCGAGGACAAAGACAUCCAGAAGUCCGGUGAUAGGCACAGUCGCAAGAGCCGACAUUCUAGCUCAUUGACAACGUCUCAACAGACGAGGCGGCCACCUCCGACACCCCUGUUGGUUCGGGGUGGCUGGGUCAGAUCCAAAAGCGGGUCGUCCGUGGUGUCGGUGGUGUCUGGAGCCAGUGCCAGAAAAGCUCGAACAGAGCAUGGAGACAGGCAUCGGCGGUCGAAGUCUGACUCUGUAGUGGUGAAGUCUUCGCCUCCAAGCCCGGAUCGGCCAAAGACGAAGCACGAUGAGGCAGACCGGAGCACUUACACUUCGAAUGCAGUGUCCACAAGCGCCAAAGGUCGUGCUGAAGGGAACAAGACCUCAGCAAGGCACGAUACAACCGAGUACCCUCGGCCUCGAAGAGAGCCCAGCAUGCUCAUCAUGCCCGCGGAUUUCUUCGAAAGUAUGCAAACGAGUGUUGAGAAAUUUACUCCACAAGGACCUCCACCCCGGCCACCGAAAGUCCCUAUAGAUAGGGGUCCCUUGCCAACACAAAGUCGAAUCCGGCCUACAUCUACCAUGACAUUUAUGACCGCCAGCACAAAGAUAGGAGAGAUUCCUGAGGCCAGAGUCUACUCGAACGAAGAGGUACAAUCGAGACCAGUGCCGCACAGCAUACCACCACCACUCGAGCCGACAGAACCGAGAAAGAAAAAGGGAUUCAAGUUUUGGAAGAGGGAGGAUAAGAGAUAUGAUAUCGCGGCUUAUUGA